CUGCUGCUCUUCUCCUCCUGGUCUGCUGCUGCUGGUCUUCAACGAGCUGCUGUUGCUGCUCUGCUGCAAUGGCGCCCUCCACCACCACCGGUGCUGUCCCAGUCCCACGAUGUCCUGUUAUCUUCAACGGACAGAACUACAGGGACUGGGUGCAGCACAUGAAGCUGCACAUGAGGGGCCAGCUGGUCUGGGAGCACCUCUCUGGUGCCCACUCCUCCAGCUGAGUUGGCCUUCCCUGUUGAUGCCGAUGAAACCAAGCAACGUGAGAUGCUAGAUGCUUUUGAAGAGGCCACUGAAGAGUAUCAGAAUCAACUCCACUUAUACAAGCAAUGGACAAAUGAUGAUGCUCGAGCCUCUUCUAUCUUGGUGAACAGCAUGGAUGUUGAUCUCACCAUGGAUGUGGUGGCCCUUACCACUGCAUAUCAGAUGUGGGAGCACCUUCGCCAUCGCUAUGAGUCUACAGGGGAUGCCAUGUAUCUCUCUGUUGUUCGUCAAGAGCAACAACUACAACAGGGAGAUGCUACUGUGGAUGAUUUCUACAAGGAGAUGUCGGCGGUGUGGCGCCAAUUGGACUCUCUGGGAGCUGAUGUUUGUUGCAGAUGUCAGUGUUGUGUGCGGCAACAAGCUAAGCUGGAGGUUCGUCGCCUCUACGACUUCCUCACUCGCCUCCGGCCGGAGUUCGAGCAGAGUCGUGCUCAGCUAUUGGCACGCCAUCCUCGGCUCUCUACUCUGGAGGCCCUUGCUGAGGUGCGAUCUGAGGAGGUGCGCCUACGGAGCACGGGCUUAUUGCCAUCCUCUUCAGCAGUCCUGGCUGCCCGCGUUCCACCACCGCUGCCUGGUGUGCCCUCUUCUACACAGGUGGCAGCAACCUCCACUAGUGCUUUCUGCAACUACUGCAAGCAGGAUGGUCACAUGAUCACGGAGUGCAUCAAGAGGAGGAAACAGGGUCGCCGUGGUGGCCGUCCUCAAAAGGACUCGGGAGGCUCCUCUAAUUCUCGUGAGGGCUCCCUUGAGAAGGUUCACCAGGAGAUGCUCACCUUGCUGCGCUGCCUUACUGCUUCUGCACCAUCCUCAGGUUCUGCUGGUUCUGCUGGUCAGACGUCUGGUCCACCACCGCACUCUUCGUCAGGAUCGUCGUACGGGGACUCUGGUUGGGAUCGGUCCUCGGCGCCAUGACUCUCAGCGCCUUUGGGAGCUCGAUUGGCUGCACCUUCCUUCCGCUGCGUCCUCUAGCCAGUCGGACAUCACCACCCCUUUUGCUUCAGCUGCCACCUCCACCACAUCCUUCGCUCAGUGGCAUCAUCGAUUGGGUCACAUUUGUGGCUCCCGCUUGUCUUCUUUGGUUAGGAGUGGUGUUCUAGGCUCUGUAUCUGGUGAUAGUUCACUAACUUGUAUGGGUUGUAAGCUUGGCAAGCAGAUACAACUUCCAUAUCCCUUUAGUAAUUCUGUUUCUCAACGACCUUUUGAACUUGUUCACUCUGAUGUAUGGGGUCCUACCCCCUUUGUUUCGAAAGGGGGUCACAAAUAUUAUAUAAUUUUCAUUGAUGAUUUUUCUCGCCACACUUGGAUCUACUUUAUGUCAUCUCGUAGUCAAGUGCUUCAAAUUUACAAGUCGUUUGCUACCAUGGUUCGCACUCAGUAUGAUU